AUGGCUUCUCAGAAAUUGGCUACACUAUACAACGAGCUACAACGUGCAUUUGAUGCGCGACCGUCAGAUCUGAAGAAAUGCGGGACGCUGCUAGCUCAGCUAAAGGUUGGCUUGAUAGAAGCAGGUCUAUUGAUCCCCCAAGGAGAAACAAAUCUCCAUGACUUGGUCGUUGCUCUCUUCUGGAGUAUAAGAGCGAAAGACGUCCCUUCGUUUGAUAGAUAUUUCUCCCAGCUUCACACUUUCUACACGGACUUCAGAUCAAGCCUCCCUCCGUCGAAGCGUGAAUUCGCAGUCCGGGGCUUGAACCUCAUCCGUCUGCUCACACAAAACCGCAUCGCUGAUUUCCACACUACCCUUGAAUCACUUCCACUUCCUGCUGAUGAGAUCAACACAAAUCCAUACAUCAGACACCCAGUAAAUCUCGAGCGCUGGCUCAUGGAGGGUAGCUACAGCAAAGUGUGGAAUGCCCGUGAGGAAGCACCGGCGGAAGAGUACAAAUUCUUUGUAGACAGUCUUAUGGGCACCAUUCGGAAUGAGAUUGCCAGCUGCGAGGAAUCGGCGUACGAUAGCCUCCCUUUGAAGGACGCUGCAACUCUGCUAUUUUUUCCCUCGCAGUCUGGGUUAUUGGUGUUCGCUCAACAGCGCGGUUGGCAGGUAGAUCUGACGGCUGGCAUGAUAACAUUUGCAAAGAAGAAUGAUGAACAGGUAGAGAUUCCAACGCAGAAGCUCAUUGCAGCAAACCUGGCGUAUGCUCGCGAGCUUGAGCAAAUUGUAUAGACACUACUUAAUAUUUGGUUCCUUCACACAAAACUUUCCGGGCGAGCUGAGGAAUGAUGAUAUCAAGCGUGCUAUUGUCCGAAUUACUCAAAGGUCUCCAAUGUCUCCUUUGCUUUCCUCUUUGCCUCUUCGAGGAGGUCGUCUGGUACAGGCAAAUGAAGGUUGUUUGAUUCAACACCAACCCAAGUCAUCUCUAGCUCAAAUUCCUUCUCUUUGUUGUCGUCAUGGACGAGGUAUAUUCUGCGGUGAAGUAUUUGGGUGAGAAACCCAAACACAGGUGACAGACAACGUACAUUCUUGCAGCUUCCAUGACGGCUUCACGCAUCGACAGUUCUAAUAGU